GUGAACAUGAACUCUGUGUACAAUCCAGAGACACCCCCAUCACAUCUGAGAACCGUCGUCCUAAUCUGUCUGUUGGUGCUGUUGAGACUGAUGGAGGGAGAAAGAAGGCAGGGAAAGAGGAGAAGAAGAACAGCUUCUGGAAGUGGCCCACUCUUCACUUUCCUUGCAGUAGAGCUGGAACAUAUGAUCUGGCCAAAGCUGAGGAGAAAUACGGGAUAGAGGCGGGAACACACUGGAGAGAUAGCGAUGACACCCCCAUCACAUCUGAGAACCGCCGUCCUAAUCUGUCUGUUGGUGCUGUUGAGACUGAUGGAGGGAGAAAGAAGACAGAGAAAGAAGAGAAGAAGAACAGCUUCUGGAAGUGGCCCGCUCUUCACUUUCCUUGCAGUAGAGCUGGAACAUAUGAUCUGGCCAAAGCUGAGGAGAAAUACGGGAUAGAGGCGGGAACACACUGGAGAGAUAGCAAUGGCCAGAGUGUACACCAACACUGUGUACAACCCAAAGACACCCCCCGCAGGUCUGAUGAGGCGCCUGUUAGUGCUGUUGAGAAUGAUGGAGGGAGAACGGAGGCAGAGAGAGACGAAGUCCUCCUCACUGCUGAGGAACAGCUCGUGCAGGACAUCCUGGACAAGGGCCACAUUCGCAAGCAGUAUAGAAUCGGCCGCAUGCUUGGUGAAGGAGGAUGUGGUUGUGUUUAUGAAGGGACUCGCUGCAAGGAUGGACUAAAGGUGGCUGUGAAAUGUUCAAAGAAGAUGCCAGCCAUGCCAUAUAUCAGAGUGCCUGGUCAUCCCAAACGUCUCCCCAUUGAGAUUGGCCUGAUGCUCAUGGCCAAUGAGGGCCCCAGCGUUUCCCAGAUCAUUAAGCUGCUUGACUGGGAAGAUGACACAGAGCACUACGUGUUGGUCAUGGAGCGCCCUGUGCCUUGUGUGGAUUUGUUUAGUUUUGUGGAUCAUAGAGGAAGCCUUGAUGAGGGGAUGGCACGAAAUAUUAUGCGGCAGGUCAUUGAUGCCGCUAAAACUUGCUGUGAUCGUGGUGUCUUCCAUCGUGAUAUAAAACUGGAGAACAUCCUGGUGAACCAGGACACCAUGGAGGUCAAAUUAAUUGACUUCGGGUGCGGUGCGAUCAUGAAGAAAUCUGCCUUCAAAGUCUUCCAUGGCACAAGACCGUACUGUCCACCCGAGUUCAACUUGAAGGGCAGGUACCACGCAAAGCCGACCACAGUGUGGACACUAGGGUUCCUCCUGUAUGAAAUGCUGUGUGGUGAAUGUCCUACAUCCUAUGACCGACACAUGAUCACCGUGAACCUCUGGACCAGACCUGGCUUGUCAAAAGAAUGCUGCCGGAUGAUUUGUGAUUGUCUGCAGCCUGAUCCACAGAAGAGACUCAGUCUGGACACGAUGCAUCUCCAUGACUGGUUUAAGGUCACGGAGUAAGACACAAAGAACCUCAGGAAACAACUCCUGUCAUGGUCACCCUGUUGUUUUCUGUCUUCAGUCAGCUUUGCGUCUGGUGGACUGACAAGAGUGGCCUUUCCAUCAGUCCACUCUGGCCUCAGCGUAUUGCAGGCCCUGCAAGUCCUGGUAGCAUCUGCCGCCUUGACUUGAAGCAGCAAUAUUAGUGUCUGGCCGUAUUGCUUGCUUGAGGAUCUGUAAAUAAUAGUUAAUUGUACAUUUGUAUUUGUUUAUUUAUUAUAAGGAAGUUGGUAAGAAAAUGUAUAAUUUAUAAGAAAAAUAUA